AUGGCCUCCGUCCUUCGUAGCAGCUCCAAGCUGCGCACUGCGGCUCGCAUGCCCGCUGCUCGUGCUCUCUCGACCACUGCCCGUCUUCGUGCGGCCGAGAAGUCCUACUUCCCCAACGAGCCCACUGCUCCCUCCGUCGCCACCGCUAUCCCUGGCCCCAAGAACAAGGCCGCCGCUGCCGAACUCGACGAGGUCUUCGAUGUUCGCUCUCUGAACAUGCUCACCGACUACAAUGCCUCCAUUGGUAACUACAUUGCUGAUCUCGACGGUAACAAGCUCCUCGAUGUCUACGCUCAGAUUGCCUCCAUCCCAGUUGGCUACAACAACCCCCACCUCAAGGAGGUGGCCCAGUCCCCGGAGAUGAUCACCUCCCUGAUCAACCGUCCGGCUCUGGGUAACUUCCCCUCCGCCGACUGGUCCCACAUCCUGAAGACCGGUAUUCUUCGUGCUGCCCCCAAGGGCCUGAACCAGGUCUUCACUGCCAUGGCCGGUUCCGAUGCCAAUGAGACUGCCUACAAGGCUGCCUUCAUGUACUACCGCCAGCUCCAGCGUGGUGGCCCCGAUGUCGAGUUCACCGCCGAGGAACUUGAGUCGACCAUGAACAACAAGGGCCCCGGCUCUCCCCAGCUCUCCAUCCUGUCCUUCAAGUCUGCCUUCCACGGUCGUCUCUUCGGUUCUCUGUCCACCACCCGCUCCAAGGCCAUCCACAAGCUGGACAUCCCCGCCUUUGACUGGCCCCAGGCUACCUUCCCCCAGCUGAAGUACCCCCUGGAGGAGCACGUCCAGGAGAACGCCGCCGAGGAGAAGCGCUGCCUCGAGGAGGUCGAGCGUCUCAUCAAGGAGUUCCACAACCCCGUGGCCGCCGUCAUGGUCGAGCCCAUCCAGUCCGAGGGUGGUGACAACCACGCCUCGCCCGCCUUCUUCCAGGGCCUGCGUGACAUCACCAAGCGUAACAAGGUUCUCUUCAUCGUCGACGAGGUGCAGACCGGUGUCGGUGCUACCGGCAAGUUCUGGGCCCACGACCACUGGAACCUGUCCAGCCCCCCCGACAUGGUGACCUUCUCCAAGAAGGCCCAGACCGCUGGUUACUACUACGGCAACCCGGCUCUCCGCCCCAACAAGCCCUACCGUCAGUUCAACACCUGGAUGGGUGACCCUUCCCGUGCUCUGAUCUUCCGCGGUAUCAUCGAGGAGGUCGAGCGUCUCAACCUCGUUGAGAACACCCGCACCACCGGUGAGUACCUGUACGCCGGUCUCGAGCGCCUGGCUCAGAAGUACCCCGAGCACUUCCAGAACCUGCGUGGCAAGAACCAGGGUACCUUCAUUGCCUGGGACACCCCCAAGCGUGACGAGUUCCUUGUCAAGGCCAAGUCCGUUGGUGUGAACAUCGGUGGCAGUGGUGCUCAGGCUGUUCGCCUGCGCCCCAUGCUGGUCUUCCAGAAGCACCACGCUGAUAUCCUCCUCGAGAGCCUCGAGAAGAUCAUCAAGCUGCUUUAG